GGCGUCCUUUGUAGGUUGACUUUGCUAACACUGUGUUGAAGCAAAUCACUGUGGAACACAUUUUAACAUAAGAUAAUGUUGCUGUCUCUUAGUUGGCCCUAACAUGGCCCAAACCAAAACAUCUUGUACUGAGGAGGUACAAAUACAGUGGAAAAUUGAAUCAAUGUAUAAAGAAUCUGCAAAAUUUGAAAGCUGUGUGGAAAAGGCAUUAAAAUGCAAAUCUUGUGAAAAGUGUUUUACAUCUAAGGGAAAUAUGCUAGUACAUUUAAGAACCCACACUGGGGAGAAACCAUACCAGUGCAAAACUUGUGACAAAUGGUUUACACAAAAGGGACAUCUACAAAUACAUGAAAGAUCCCACACAGGAGAGAAGCCAUACCAUUGCAAAACUUGUGACAGGCGGUUUGCACAAAAGGGACAUCUUCAACUACAUGAAAGAUCCCACACAGGAGAGAAGCCAUACCAGUGCAAAACUUGUGACAAGUGGUUUACUCAUAAGGGAAGUCUACAAAAACAUAAUAGAUCCCACACUGGAGAGAAGCCAUACCAGUGCAAAACUUGUGACAAGUGGUUUGCUACAAAAGGAAGUCUGCAAAUACAUAAAAGAUCUUACACUGGAGAGAAACCAUACCAUUGCAAAACCUGUGAUAAGUGGUUUACUCAAAAAGGUAAUUUACAAACACAUGAAAGAUCCCACACUGGAGAGAAGCCAUACCAGUGCAAAACUUGUGACAAGUGGUUCUCUCAUAAAGGAAAUCUACAAAGACAUGAAAGAUCACACACUGGAGAGAAGCCAUACCAGUGCAAAACUUGUGGCAAUUGGUUUACACAAAAGGUACAACUACAAGUACAUGAAAGAUCACAUACUGGAGAGAAGCCAUACCAGUGCAAAUAUUGUGAUAUGCGUUUUACACAAAAGGGAAGUCUUCGAGUCCAUGAAAGAAACCACAUAGGAGAGAAGCCAUACCAGUGCAAAUCAUGUGAUAUGUGUUUUACUUCAAAUGGAGGGCUACGAACUCAUGAAAGAUCCCACACUGGAGAGAAGCCAUACCAGUGCAAAACUUGUGACAAGUGGUUUACUCAAAAAUUCAAUUUAAAAAGACAUGAACUAUCCCACACAGGAGAGAAGCCAUACCAGUGUAAAACAUGUGACAAGUGGUUUACUCAAAAAGGUAAUCUGCAAAUACAUGAAAGAUCACACACCGGAGAGAAACCAUUCCAGUGCAAAAGUUGUGACAAGUGUUUUACCUCAAAAGGAGGUCUGCAGAUACAUGAAAGAUCCCACACUGGAGAGAAGCCAUUCCAGUGCAAAUUUUGUGACAAGUGUUUUACUACAAGAAGAAGUCUACAAAUACAUAAAAUUUCCCACACUGGAGAGAAGCCAUACAAGUGUAAAACUUGUGACAAGUGGUUUAAUCAAAAAUGUAAUCUACAAACACAUGAAAGAUCCCACACAGGGGAGAAGCCACACCAGUGCAAAACUUGUGGCAAGUAUUUUGCUACAAGAAGAACUCUGCAAAUACAUACAAGAUCACACACUGGAGAAAAGCCUUACAAGUGCAAAACUUGUGACAAGUGUUUUACUGAAAAAGGUAAUUUACAAAGACAUGAAAGAGCUCACACAGGAGAGAAGCCAUACCAGUGCAAAAUGUGUGAAAAGCGGUUUUCUCGAAAAAGUACACUACUAAAACACGAAAGAUUGCACUUUGAACAGCAGCCAUAUUCCUCAAAUUACGAUGAAACAUUUACUUGUUGGAUUUGCCAGGAGGAACUGAGCAGCGCUUCCCAGCUUCUUAGCCACUAUGAUGAACACAUGAACACACUGCCGGAGUUCUCCUUCCACCAACGUGAAUUGUUUUUGAAGAACGCUACUUCUGAUGUUAUUCGAACGUUGAGCACUUUUCUCGUCAAGGAAUGUCUCCUAGUUUAUGCUUCGAUGGCCAAAACAAAAACGUCCAUGACUAACCAGGCGCACAAAAAGAGGAAAAUCAAAUCGCUUUCUAAAGAAACUCCAAAACCUGAAAGCAACUCUUGUCUGGAAAAGGCAUUUAAAUGUAAAACUUGUGACAAGUGUUUUACAAUAAGGGAAAAUCUCCAAAUUCGUGCAAGAUCCCACACUGGAGAAAAGCCAUAUCAUUGCAACACCUGUGACAAAUGUUUUACAAAGAAAAGAAAUCUACAAAGACAUGAAAGAUCCCACACUGGAGAGAAGCCAUACCAGUGUAAAACUUGUGACAAGUAUUUUACAGAAAAAGGAAAUUUAAAGGCACAUGAGAGGUCUCACACAGGAGAGAAGCCAUACCAGUGUAAAACAUGUGACAAGUGGUUUACCCACAAAGGGAAUCUAAAUGUUCAUCAGAGAUCUCACACCGGAGAGAAACCAUACCAGUGUAAAACAUGUGACAAGAGGUUUACUCACAUAGGAAAUCUACAUGUUCAUGAGAGAUUCCACACUGGAAAGAAGCCAUACCAGUGUAAAACGUGUGACAAGUGGUUUAAGCAAAAGGGACAUCUACAGGUACACGAAAGAUCUCACGUUGGAGAGAAGCCAUACCAGUGCAAAACUUGUGACAAGUGCUUUACUCGCAAAGAGAAUCUACUUAUUCAUGAAAGAUCCCACACUGGAGAGAAACCAUACCAGUGCAAAUUUUGCGAAAUGUGUUUUACUUCAAGUAGAGGUCUACGAGUACAUGAAAGAUCCCACACUGGAGAGAAGCCAUAUCGGUGUAAAACUUGUAACAAGUGUUUUACUCAAAAAAAUAAUCUAGAUGUUCAUGAGAGAUGUCACACUGGAAAGAAGCCAUUCCAAUGCAAAACAUGUGACAAGUGUUUUACUCUGAAAGGGAAUCUAGAUGUUCAUGAGAGAUCUCACACAGGAGAGAAGCCAUACCAGUGUAAAACUUGCGACAAGUGGUUUACUCUUAAAGGGAAUCUAGAUGUUCAUGAGAGAUCUCACACUGGAGAGAAGCCAUACCAGUGCAAAACUUGUGACAAAUGGUUUAAUCGAAAAGGAACUCUACAAAGACAUGAAAGGUCACACACUGGAGAGAAGCCAUACCAGUGCAAAACAUGUGACAUGUGUUUUACACAAAAGGGACAUCUUCGAGUCCAUGAAAGAUCUCACACUGGAGAGAAGCCAUUCCAGUGCAAAACUUGUGAUAAGUGUUUUACUGCAAAAAGAAGUCUACAAAUUCAUGAAAGAACCUGCACUAAAGAGAAGCCAUACCAGUGCAAACCCUGUGAUGUGUGUGUAACGCGAAAGGGAACUGUUCGGGUCCAUGAAAGAAACCACACGAAAGAGAAGCCAUACCAGUGCGAAACGUGUGACAAGUGUUUUACCCAAAAGGGAACACUACAAAGACAUGAAAAAUUGCACUCAGCUCAGCAGCCAUAUUCUUCAGAUUACGACGAAACAUUUACGUGCUGGAUUUGCCAGGAGGAACUGAGCAGUGCUUCCCAGCUCCUUAGCCACUAUGAGGAACACAUGCAAUUGCCUUGAUCUUAUUGUUUAUCAGUCUAUUUGAUUGGCUUUUGGCUGAUUGGAGCAUACAUUUAUGUAGCUUUUAGUUGAUCGUCACCACUGCUGCUCAAUACUUCUGCUCCCAGGUGUUACAUUUCUGAUCAGGGAACACUUUUUGCAGUUCUAGGGCCUCUUGGCGAGAGGUUACUCAGUAGUGUUGAGUCAAAAUUAAGCAAACAAACUGAAAACAAAGCACACUUACGAUAAAUUAGGGGGGAAACUUUUAUAUGGACCUAUUGCGUUUGACGGGACGGAAGUGUUGAAGUAUUUCAGUUGACCUGUACGUAAAUUGCUUCGGUUGUAUACUGAAAAGUUUGUAUAGACAAAGGGUUUGUGUUUUGUUAUAGCGGAGCUCGCAGAGCGUAGCCCCAUAAUUAUACAAAAUAGUAGUAACCCAU